UCCCUCCCUCCGUCCCCGCGGGCGGCGCCUGUCCUCGCGGCUGCGGCGGAUCCCGCGAGGCGCCAUCGCGGCCCGGCAGAAUGGAGGAGCGGGUUGCCUGACACACAAUACAUUUUCCAGCCUUCACGUCACCCAAGAGGAUGUUUCUCAUGAAUACUUCUCCUUUGGUGGCCCUUCCGAGAAAAUGGGAGCCCUUUCCUCAGUCAAGGAAUUGCAGGUAUCCGGUCUGUUUCUCAGAAUCUGAAGAAGAUCUGGCUAGAACAGCUGUCAAUGCCAAAGUCCAGAUGAUCAUAAACAAUCUGCAAAGUGAAGAAGUCGCCCUGGGUGCCAACAGCAAAUAUGGCUGCAUCGUACAGAAGAAACAGAAGGCAGCAAAGGAGAGAGGGCACAAAUUUAGGAGGAAUGACCAACUGCUACAGGAACAUAUUAACUAUACCCUUCGUAGCUAUCCAACAGACUCGGAUGGAAUGGACAUGGAAGAGAGCGCAGAGUUUGGGCCUCUCGCCUUGAAUUCUGACAGUGAUGAUUCUGUUGAUAGAGAUAUAGAGGAAGCCAUUCAAGAGUACCUGCGAAACAAGGGCCAGCACCUUCCCUCGCUACCAAAUAACACCAAGAAUUUGCCUAGUAAGGAUGAAGAUCAUCCAGUCCAAGAGAAAUUCCCUUCACAUGAUGCCGCUUGUCAUUUAUUUCCAGCUGGUUGUGGCCCCGUCAGCUUGGCCCAGCCGUAUGUCGUUCCCGGUCACGUCGAAGAUAAUGUUGUCCGGUGGGCCUCCUCCCCUUGUAGUGUGAGCAGUGACGACUCUUUCGAACAGAGCAUAAAAGCCGAGAUUGAACAAUUCUUAAAGAAAAAGAAACAGCAAGCAAGGAGGAAGAUCCCGAGGAGGAAUAAGCUGUUUCACCAGAAAGAAGAGCUUCAAGAGAAGCUAGGCCUCAGUCAGAAAGGCAGCAUGAACAGAGGGAAUCAAAGUUCUUUAAAGCAAGGAGGCAAGGCGUACUUCUCAAAACGGCAUCCUGAACUACAAAGCAUUGGCACGGCUACGUGCUUGAAGUCAAAAACCAGCGAAGAGCCUCCAGUCUGCAAAACAGAAAGGCAAACAGGCGUUUCAACUCCGACAGUUCGUGAUUCCUCCUGUCUGGAAGAAAGCAAAAACAGUAGGAAAAGGCCGAUCCUUUGUAACGCCCGGAGAGAGGAAAGAGUUGAGUGUACAGAUUUAUCUGAUUCGAGCAGCGAUGACGGGAUCGAAGAAGCUAUUCAGCGUUAUCAGCUUGAGAAGAUGAAGAAAGCUGCGGAGUCCAGAAAGGACUGUGUUUCUUUGCAGAAGGAAGGGUUCAGCAUCAACAAGGCAGAGAAUAUCCCUCCAAGUCUGACAAGUGCCUUGCCAGAAAUCACUCAGAAAGCUCAGCGCUGCAAGAGGAAGGAUGCCAGCAUGAAGGCAGCGGCGAUAAACAGGCCUGGCACACCUUGUAAUCAUCUGCGGAAAAGCAGAAGGUUUUCUCCUCCAGAAAACAGUUUUGCCAAAUGCGCAGUCACACUUCAGGCUUCGUGUCGAGUAGACACGGCUGCUGAAUUAAUGUGUGCAGAAGCCAUACUGGACAUUUCCAAAACUAUUUUGCCUCCCCCAACAGCAAAUGAUCAUAAACUAUUCUCAACUAGUCCUUCCUUUUCUUCGCAGAAUGUGCUACCUUCCCAGUAUGAAAGCGACAACAAUAUCGUGGACAGCGAUGAUAGCAUUGAGCAGGAGAUAAGAGCUUUCUUGGCUGUCAAAGCAAGGACCAAGCAUUUGCUAGCAAAAUCCACUUUCCAAGUGCCUCUGUCAUUGGGGCAGUCCAGUGAGCGGACUCAGAGUUCCAAGAGAACGUUCCCCAAAUGCCUAAAACUGCCACUGAAUCACAAAAAGACGCUUAGGAGGAAAAGUGAAAUAGCCCCCCAGAAUGAAGAUGUACAAUUAAUCUCAGAGGUGGACUAUUUGGAUAAGAAUCUUCCAAAAUCCUCUGUGACCCAACCGAAAAAUGAAAGAACUGGAAAGAUGGUUAUAUAUCCAAAAGGCACUCAAACCCUUAUUCGUUCUACCAGUGUCCCAUGCCCUUUGUCCCACACACCUCAUGACUCUGGAAGUCUGGUAGAAAGUAUAGCACUAGGUUUGCAGAAAUACGGAGCAGAUGAUAAAAGCAGCUCAUUUGAUAGCGAUGAAGAUUUGGAUACAGCUAUCAAAGAUCUCCUAAGAUCCAAACGGAAACUAAAGAAAAAAUCCAAAGACCAAAGAAUUCACUGCAAAAAGAAAGGCCCAUUUGGUGACAAUGAAAUGCAUAUUUUUUAUAAGAAUGAGAGAGACGGCCAAUCCGAAACUCCCACCUUAUUAAAAAAGUGUCUUGUACGUUCCAGGAGAGACAUUAGAGAGGAGAAUGUAAAGAAAGGGCCUCUGAGAAAACCGAAUAGUACCAUAGAGUUUGAACCUGAAUGUAAAAAGGAAUACCAGACCAAACUAGUUUCUGGAGCGGAAAUCCAACAGGCCACAAAGGCCCAUUCAUGUCUGUGGGCUGUGACAUCCUUGACAGAUGAGAGCAGUUCCAUAGACAGUGAUGAUAGCAUUGAAGAAGAAAUCCAGAAGUUCUUGGCUGAAAAAGCAAAAGCCGCUACCAGGAUAGGGAGAUUACCAGAUGCCACUGGAGUUGCUGGGACUUUGGGAGCUGAGAAGCCCCAGGCUGCUCUGUUGAAAGCAGACUGGCAACUAUUCGGGCAAGGAAGCCCUGCCUCAGAGAAAGAGGGUCAAAAGGUGGGCAGGUUGGACCCACCAGGCUCUGAGGUGAGCAGCCGCCGGAGAUGCGCAGGAGAGAGUGAAGGAAACGCAUCUCACCCCAGUGAACAACCCAGACCAUUCACGGAAGACGGGGGCAGCCAGGCUCCAGUGGAAAACCCACCAGCCGCGGACACCAAGGAGAUGGAGCUGCCUGUAAGAAGAGCUGCAGUCCAAAGAAAGGACAUUUGGGAGGACAGGAUUGAUCAAGGGACCCUCUCCUCUGGGAAGGGCAAAGUGGAGGAGCGUUGUAAAUGGCAAAAUUAUUUUAAGGCCGCGCCCCCUUUCGAAAGGAAGCUCUCGCACGAAUUCAAAACAUCCAGCAAAUUUCUAGCAGGUCUCAAAGGGGGUGGGAAUAAGAGGAAAUCUGAGCUUUUAGGCAAAAGACAACAGGACAUCAACCUUUCUUUGCUCAACAAGCAUGGAGGGACCUUGGCAGCAAAUUUGUUUGGGGAGGGGUCUCUGCCCAAAGAGAUUGUGGGCUGCAGAAGUGAGGCAGGAGUAAGAGAAGCAGAUCAGGGUCCCAGGUUCCAGGCAGGAAGUUUGCAUACCUGCAAGCAGGAAAGAAGGGAUGGAAGCAUCCAGGAGACCAUCGUAACCACUGAAGUGGUGAACUUGGUCAAACAUAAUCGUGUGGAAAGCCACAAAGGAGAUGCCAUCCAAAGCCUCCUUUUGCAAAGGCCUGGCAUAGAAGAGACCACGAUUAGCCUAGGGGUACCAUGUAUUGAAGUCCCUGUUAGGAGAGGGAAACCCCUGGAGUACAGCCCCAGUUGGGCAAAGGACGAGGUUCCCGAAGGCCCUUGUGAUUUAUCCCUGAAAGGAAAGGUGAUCAGCCAAGGUAGGACAGCAGAAGAGCAAACCCAGAAUCUUCUAGAAGGAGGUUCUGCAGAGUUGGGCCAGUGGGGGAAUAACCCACUGUCUCCUGAAAACAAUUCCAGUUCUUAACUUCUUUAUUUUAUGGGGUUGGCAUUCUAAAAGGCAACUAAAUCAAAAACUACGUUCUAGCUUAACGCUUCUCACCCAAAACUUAGUAUCUGUGUUGGAAGAGAUAAUAUGCAAAGAAUGAUCCAGGUUCCUGUUGCAUUAAGAGCUCAGAUCACCCCUUUGUAGUGAAUGAAAAUAAAUACCUCUUGUCACAGAGAUUCGUCUGUGUUAGAGAACACGAUGUCAUGAUGGCAUAGCAACCAAAGUGAUUAUAUUUUAGAGAACCUGAAACUGACAGGAGAGGCAGUGACCAUAGAGGUACUAUCCAUGAUGCCCACACUUAUAAAGAAAUACAUCUCCAAUUACACCUAUCCAGCUUUUAUUGUCUCUCUUGAUAAGAGUGAUUUUUUUUUUUAAAUACGAAAAGGGCAACGCUGGAAGGAAACCUUUAUCUGACAAUUUCGACAGCAUGCUUAACUGUGGUUACCGUGGAUUUUCAUAGCAGACGAAUACCGUCACUGUGUUUUCAGGCCAUUUUCUAGUAAGCUUUCCAGGUCUGCGGGGCUCUUUGCCCUGCAGCCUUCCUGGCCCCAGCUUGCAAGAUUUGGAGAGACAGGAUUAUUAUGGGAGCCGGUUCAACGAAAGACCAUCAGGCUGGAUACAAAAGGAAUGCUAGAAUUGAAGUCCUCUGGUACCCUCUUAAAACAGUUAGCAGCAGUAGAGAAACUGUUACAAAAGAGGCAGAACAGUGAAAACGAAUGGGCCACUUGUAAAAACACAUUUUUUUUAAAAAAAAUGUGUUUUUAUAACUGAAAGUCAUAGAUUUUUUUUUAAAGAAUCGCAUAGAGGCCCCUUUUCUGUUCUGGAAACUUCCUUCAGUUCAAAAUAACCAGCAUCCUUGAUAAUGCCAAAGGGAGGGGGUCCCAAACUGGAAGCACCUUUUUCUUUCAGAUUCUUUGGGGGAAAAAAAAAAGCCUUCAGAUUAUUUCUUAGCUUGAUCAACUGAAGGGUAACGAGCUUAAAAAGAGCAGCCUUAAUUCCAAACUGAAAUUUAACCUGAUCUUUUUCUAGUAGCACUGUUUUUCCUGUCCAUGCUGCUUUUUAUAGGAUUGAAGUCCUGUGUUCUGUCCAGUUAAUCUGUUUCUUCUUCGGGUAAACCCUACUGAACAUUCCUCUCACGGUCAUCCUUAGGGAUUGGGGUGUUUGUUGGAGCCUUCUGUGUUCACUCCCUGUUGAAUUUCAAAACUUUGUAGCUUGUAAUUUCAAUGCCCCUUGAUUGAAGAUGCACUUUUUAAAUUAAGAAACCUUGUUUUGUAUAUAAGAAAUUGUGUACAUUCGUACAUUUAUAAGAUUUAAUAAACUGAGUUCAGAUCA